GGUCGAAGGUCAGCGCGCGGGCCCGGGCGGCCGUUACAAGAUGGCGGCUCCUUUGCGAAAGAGUUUGGAGAUAUUCGUGUCGCGGAUUCCCUGGUCUUUGGCAAGCAAAGAAAUCAAAGAAUAUUUUGGGCAGUUUGGACAAGUCAAGAAAUGUCUUCUUCCAUUUGACAAAGAAACUGGAUUUCACAAAGGAUUCUGCUGGGUUGGCUUCAAUACAGAAGAAGGAUUUCAGAAUGCACUGCAGAAAGAACCACAUGUCAUAGAAGGGGCAAAGCUUCAAGUUCAGAGAAACAGAAAAUUGCCUCAAGGACGCAGACAAAAUAACAAACUCACUGAAUCAGCAAGCUGACAAAUUUGAGAUGUGUGUCCAAAUUUAAAUUAAAGAUGGUGACUUAAAAGA